CAACAAGCACAAUUGGCCCUGUGUAAAUGACUGGCUUGAUAACGUUUGACGGAAAAUGCUAUAUAGCAAAGUGCAAGAUGAGCAGGUAAUCUACCUCGAAGGCCUCAAUAAUACUUCAUUUUAGAGUCCCUGGAAUGUUUCAAAUUUAACGAGAAAUUUCUCGAGAAGCAAUUGUAUUCUUCAAUAGCUGUGGUCUUCCUGUGGUGUGAUGUUCUCAUCUGUUGUGCUUAAUAUGUUUUUACUUUUGCUCAGUAAACAGUAUGUACAAUCACACCAUUGCACAGGUAAGAAAAUGAGAAGUAACCUUUGAUGUCUUUUUCUUGAUCACAGAUCCAAAUAUUUCCCGAAUCCUAUAGACUUUGCUUUCUGUCUAUUACUUGAACUUAUCUCCAUCUCUUCUAUCAAUGCCCUACAUAGAUUUUAUUUUAAACUAGGUUAGGAAUAUGAAAACGAGUUACUUUGUUUUUCCAGUACCUAAUCAUUAAGCCAUGCAUAAGUCGACGCUGGAGUUUUGGGACCUCCCAAGCUUAGUGUCCCGUUAGGGAUUCCAAACUAUAAUGUUAAGUCACACCAGUGAGGAGGGAGGAAGAAGGCAAGCUGGGAGAAAUGGACCUUCCACCUACUUGUACAUUGCUUCUUGUCAUCUGUUUUGAUGGUUGCCAGUCCUUGAGAUGAACUAUGUAUAUGCUGUGCAAGUGCUGUAUGUUGUUUUAAUCCUUGGAAAAUCUGGAGAAAAAUUAGGGUGAUGGGGGAUAGGGCUAAAGGCUAAACAAAGACAUACAAGGUGUUUUGACUAGGAAGAACUAAAAAGGGCCAUGUUUGUGUUUUUAGUCUCAACACUGCUCGUAUUUGUCGUUGCCUAGUCUGCAAACCAGAAAUCAGAAAAUGAGCACAGAAGCAACAGAACUGUCCAGAUUUUUAGACAUGUACUGAAGUGUCAGGCAGUGUGGUUCUAAGGAAUAUAAAGAUUUACCAGGAUAAGUUUUCUUCCUGAAAUUCAGUUUCUACCCUAGAGACAUCUAGACGCUCGGAUCCCACCGCCAUUAUGUGGCGUUAAGGCUCCAACAUAACUCAAAACAGUCCCUGGUGACAGUGAGGGGCGGGGUCUCACUCCUCGGAGCGAACGCGUUUAUCACAUUCUUUUAUAUGUGAGCAGGUUUAUUAGCAAGAAGACCCAACGAUUUUACUUGGGUUGACUCCGUCUACAGUGCAAUCUCCUUCCCUGCAAAUGCGAUCUUCUCCAGCCAAAAAAAGUCUCGACCCAGGAAUGCCUCCGCGUACUCCAGGGGGCGGUGCAGAAGUGUCCAAGGAAGACUUGAUCCGGAUGUGCAGGACGGGGCCGCCUCUGCAAUAAAGCUUCAAUUAUAGGAACCCAGAGUUUUUGAUUACCCAAUUUCCCCCUGGAUCUGGCUUUUAGAAAAAUAUGCAAAACAACAAAAACGAUGGAAAAAACUGAAGAGAUGCUUGCUGAAAUGCGACGGCACCUUGCGGCACGAGUCGCGGACUCCGUCCCGGGCGCAGAGGAGGGACCCGCCAGCACUAGCGCCUGCGCACUGGUGCCAGCCCGCGGGGACAGCGGGAUCGAGACGCUUCCGGACUCAGUGAGACCGGCCCGAUCGAACAGUGUUCUCUUGCUGCUGAGUCUAGGCUGUGACUUCAGACAGGUCGAGUACCCGAGAGAUCGUUGGGAUUCGUAGCUGUCGCCCUCCUCCGGCGGCGCGCCGAGUGCAGCCCCUGGUGGGGGUUGCUAAAGCUCGGGGUCCUGGGUUUCCAUGACGACACUGGCGUGCCAGGAACCGGCGAAGAGGCAAGACGUCUGGCGGGAAACACAAUCUACGGGAUUUCUUUGCCUGCAGGACAGUGUGGCAGCCCUGCCAAUCCCAGCCCGCUGCUGAUUUGUUUCUAGGUUAGCUUUUUGGAGGGGUACUUCAAACUACUAAAGAGAGUAAUAGGCAUCGUGUAUUAUGUCUUUACCGAAAAUACCCCCUACGUCGCUGAACUCCACGCCUACACCUGAGGGCAAAAAAUCAAAAGUCUCCGCAUCCAAAGAAGAGACAGGUCUUCCUGAGCUAAGGGAGAAAAAAAAUAUGGUGGAUCAUUCCAAAUCCCUUCCUACUUCCCUUCAGAAUGAGUUUAUCCCUAAAGAAGUUCUUCUUUCUUUGAGCUGUGCAGCCAAUGCUGGUCCUUGUCCUGAAAAUUUACUGCCUCCCAAGAAAAUUAAAACCCCAAAGGGAACUCUUCCACGCCUUGUUGACCAUGUCUGGCAGCACCCUGUUCGAAGGAGUAAGUUCAAAUACCUGAUUGACCAUCCUGUUUCCCUAACAGGAGCUGGAAGGGAUAUUUCUUUCCUGUAUGAUGUGAAAUAUGUUAAAGGAGAGACUCGGGAAAAUACAGUUUGUCCCCCAGCUUUGGACCGUUCAUUACAGUCACAUGAUGGUGUCAUUGUGACUCAUAAGCCAAAGAAACUAACAGAUACUUUGAUUCCUGAAGAAUUUCAUAUUGUGUCAAAUACAGGAGUUUCAGGUUUGGAGUGUUAUGAUGACAAAUAUACUACUCUUCUCACAGAUAGUGAAAACAGGCUAUUGCUCUUCCCAUCCAUGAAACCUAAUAAAAGAGUAGAAGUGGUCCAGCUGAAUGAUGUGAUGGAUACUAUGCUAGAGAGGGCUGGUGUGGAAAAUGAAGAAUAUGCGGGGCCAACCCAGAUGCAUAAACUACUACAUAUGUUGAAGAAGGAACAGACCAUUUACAAUACAGUGUUGCAUGAACUUAUUCGACAAGUCAGUGUGGACUGUGCAGAUAGAGGAGAACUACUGUCUAAAAUCAGAGAGCGGUAUGUGCAAAUGCUUGACCAAAUCGCCCGGCAAAUGAUUGACUUCUAUAAAGACUUGGUAACUCAGCGAGUGCUGGACCAGCGCAUUUUAGAAGAAUUGUACAAUUUCAAGAAUGUUAUUGAGGAACUGACCAGGGAGCUGUGUCUGAUUCGGGCACAUGAUAUGAAAUUAACAAAAGAAGCAGAAAAGGCACACAAGGAUUUGGCACAAGCUCUCUUAGAUGCUGAAAAGAAUGCCAAAAUUGUAGAAGAAUACCAUGACUUAUAUACAUUUCAAAGAGGAAGGAUGGAAAAUGAUAUUAAACAGUUAAUGGUAGAAAGAGAUAUCUGGAGCUCAGCUGCAUAUGAGUUGGCUCUAAAGGUAAUUGAAAGAAAUAGAAUCAUAUUAGCUAAAAGACUUUACCUCAGUGAGAAAGGCUGGAAUAAAUAUGCUAAGCAUUUCAUCAUACUGCUGUCAGCCAAGGACACAGCAGACCUUGCACAGCUGCAAAAGUUGACCCAGAAAUGGAGAACCUUAAUGAAUACAUUUAAACAGGAAGUGGAACAAAGUGAAGAAUCAACAAGGGAGAAACUGCAAAUUGUUAAGGAUGGCCUUAUCAAAUGGCAGCAGUUCUUCAGAAAUAAUAAUGAAAAGGACAUUUUAUCCUCUAAUAAAGGAAAUAGCCUCGAAUCAGUUCUUCUAGACUUAAAGCAGUGGCAAAAGCUGCUGAAGGACGAUAAAGAGAAGUUUACUGGGGAUCAUCUAGCGUCCAAAUAUAAUUCUCUCAAGAUUAUUAAACAUUUACAGGAAAGUUGGAUAGAUAUUGGGCUUGGGAUAUUCAAUUGCCAUAAAAGUAUCAAGGGGGAGAUUCCACCAGAGCAGCAGCACAUGGAGGAAACUGUGGAAAGCAUAGGAAGACUCUACAAAGAAUUUGAAAUAAGAAUAAAUGGGGAUAAUGGUAUCCCUAAAGUUCUUGCAGGUUUGAUUAGUUCUCUUGACUUCUGUUCUUUCAAGUUGGAAAGCUUCCUGGCGUUUCCUGAAAUGAUUCUUGAAGAAUGGUCAGAACUUAGUGAAAAAUUUAAUGAAAUGAAAUCUCAGUUGGAUGCACUGUUAAACAUUACUGGCCCUGUUCCGCAGGACAUGGACAUGAAUUCUGGCUCGGUACUCCAAGCACAUAUAUUUAGCAUGAUUCAACAGUGGCUUUUGAAGAUAGGCAAUGAGAUUAACAAUGGUAACACUGAACUUCAGCAUCAAGUAUGUACUGUUGUGGUUUUGUGA